AUGCGAAGAGAUUUCGAAGAUGAUCUCCGCUCCAUUGUUUUGGAAAGCUUGAAGGACUCUGCGAGGUUUAAAGUAACUAUGGAUGCAAUAAAAUCAGUUUAUGAAACACAUGGAAGCCGAAAUGUAUGCAUUGCAGGGCAUUCUUUAGGGGCUGGAUUCGGUCUUCAAGUUGGAAAGGAAUUGGCGAAGGAAAGGAUUAAUGUCGAAACACAUUUGUUUAAUCCGCCUUCUGUUUCACUUGCUAUGAGUCUUGGAAAUAUUGGAGAAAAGGCUGAAUGUGUUUGGAAUCGAAUUAAACCUAUGCUUCCCCUUCCCUCGAGUAGUGAACCUCGAGUCAGCAACGAUGUGGGUGAGACUUACACUAUACAAUCGAAGAGAACGAUACCUCUGUUGCUGCACCUGAUAGAUGUUGGUUUCGGAAAAGGAAAAUGGGUUCCUCAUCUUUAUGUUAACAACAAUGACUGGAUCAGUCACUUUUAUAUCCAUACCAAUAUGGCGAGAGAGAAGAUCGUAGAUGUGGAGAAUACUGAUCCUAGAAAUGAGCAAAAUGGAGUGAAGUUGUUUGUUGUCUCAAAUGAAGACCAGAAAUUUCUCGAGGCUCAUGGCAUGAGACAGUGGUGGUCAAGUGACAGUAACGUAGAGCUUAAGCGUGAUACCCGCAAUAGCAAACUCGUAAGCACGCGACUUAAAUCUUUGAACACCAUUACCCCUUCUCAGAUAAUGCUUUUCUACUAUCCACAGUAUAUUUCAUUAGCCACGAGCUGCAUAAAUAUUAGAGUUGCGACAGAUUAUACUUGGAAUAUACUUAAAUGCAUGCCUCAUAGAAGUGGUAAAGGUUUGAUGGGUCGGAUACUCCAAUUAUCUGGUAGUAAAACCCGCCUGAAAAAUGACUAUGACAACAAGAUAUCAAGUGUACCAAUAACGAGUUUGAUGCCUUUGCUAUCAAACGUCAAGGAUGGUUGUUUUGUGGCAGUGAAAAGGGUUUCUCGUGUGUUUAAUCUACCUUUUGUUUCAUCAGCCAUGGGUCAUGGAAAUAAUGGAGAAAAGGAAAACUUUGUUUCAAGUAAUGAAACUCGUGUCAGCAAUGAUUCAAGCAAGACUUCAAGUGUAGGUUUGAAGAAGUGGAAACUACAAUUAUUUGGCAUGAAGGUUGCUGCUUUUGGGGUGGGAAAAUCUGUUCCCUAUCUGUCUCUGUAUGCUAACAAGAGAAGUGGUGGCAUGUGA